AGCUUGUUGUUUAUAAUACAUACUUUCAUAAAUUUACAUUUGCAUCCGGCUUAGCAAUUAAAAAAACACAUACUCUAGAAGUGAAGUUACCCUCUAACCAUAUCAUCCAGGACUUCUAGAGCGCUGCCACUUCGCAAUUGGCGCCCACACGUUUAAACACCAAAUCUAGCCAAAAUGCGAUUGACGUGGCAGACUGAUUCCAUAGCGUUGGCCGCGUUUGUGUUGCUGAGCGUCUGCUUCGUGUUAAGCACAGGCCAGGUCCCUUCCACCGACCCCCAGAGACCAUGGUAUGAGAACCUGCCAGCUGUGGCUAUGGAUUACAAAGUUCACAUAGAUGCUGGCAAAGAAGACUGUUACCACCAAUAUGUGCAAGCAGGUGCCACAUUCUAUGUCUCGUUUAGCGUAGUUCGUGGGGGCGACGGCAUGGCCGGCUUUGCAGUACGCAAUCCUGCUGGUGAGGUCGUCAAGCCCUAUCAAUGGCAAGCCACGGCCGAUUACACCGAUCAAGUUUCCCCUGGUGGCUACUACUCCGUCUGCAUUGACAACCAGUUCUCGCGUUUUGCCGGAAAGCUGGUCAACAUUUACAUUACCGUUGUAAAGUAUGAUGCAUGGGACAAAUAUGCAAAAGAGAUUGAGCAACUGCAGCUAAAUAUGCAAAACUUUACGGCGACGAUUGGCACUGUUGAGCGCAACAUUAACGACAUGCUAGCCUAUCAAUCGCACAGUCGGCAUCGAGAGUCUCGUGAUUUUGCUCUUCUCUUGGACAACAAUUCCUACAUUCAAACAUUCUCUAUAAGCCAAAUUUUGGUUAUUCUGAUAACAUGCUCUGUGCAGGUAUUUUUCGUACGUAAACUUUUUGAAGUAAAGUCUGGCUCCAAGAAUCGGAUUUAAAAAAACCCAUAUAUGCCGCAAUUUCUCACUGACGUAUUCCUUUCUUUCCAUUCUGCUGCCUUAACCGUCUGUCUGUACGGACUGUUUUGGCUAAUCUUUUACUACAAUCUAACAGAACAAGCGCAAACUAAAUAGACUUUUUUAUACUUGUGUGUUUUGCAAAUUAACAAUUCGUUUUAAUGCAAGUACAUACAUAUAUGCGUAGAAAUUUAUGUGAUAAGUGUGUUUAGUGUUUUCAAUAAAAAACAAAUAAUUGGACGUUA